AUGGCUUUCGGACAAAAUUCACGAGGUCGUGGUGGCAGUCGUGGUCGAGGAGGUUUUAGAGGAGGUCGAGGUGGUGGUGGCGGACGAGGUGGUGGUAGUGUAGGUUUUGGUAAUCGUGGAGGUAGUCGUGGUGGUAGUCGUGGUGGUAGUCGUGGUGGUAAAUUUGGUGGUGGAAACGAUCGAGGACGAGGCGGUGGCUUUGGACAAGAUCGAGGACGAGGCGGUGGUUUUGGACAAGAUCGAGGACGAGGCGGUAGUUUUGGACAAGAUCGAGGACGAGGCAGUAGUUUUGGACAAGAUCGAGGACGAGGCGGUGGUGGUGGUGGUGGAAGAUUCUCAGAAACUAAACGUGAAUUCAUGAGUGAUAGUAUUUAUGUUGGUCAAUUACCUGCUGAUAUUCAAGAAAAUGAUUUGAAAAAAAUGUUUCCAAAAGCAAAAAAUUUACAACUUGUACCAGCUGUAGGAACUCGACCUGGUCAUGCUUUUAUUACAUUUCCUGAUGAUUCUUCAGCAGCAGCAGCUGUUAAACAAGGUGCUACAUUUAACGAUACACAACUUAAAAUAGCUUUUCAAAAUAAACGUGGUGAACCACAAAAACGGUCAUCAGAUACAGAUGAUCAAUCAGGUCCUAAAGCAAAAAAACUCAAAAGUGAUAUGUCUCCUGCUAAAGGAUCAGCAAAUAAAAAUGGUUUAAAAGCACAAAGUAAAAAAAAAGCUGCUUCUGAUGAUGAUGAGGAUGCGGAUGAAGACGAUGAUGAUGAAUCAAUGGAUUUUGAAGAUGAUGAUGAUGAUGAUGAUGAUGAUGAAGACGAUGAUGAUGAAAAUGAAUCAGAUGAAGAAGAUGAAAAAAAGCUUAAAAAAACAGUUGCAAAAAUGGUUUCUGGAGGAAAAUUAGAUAAAGCUGCAGCAAAACCAUUAGGUGGAAAAAAUGUUGAAGAAGAAGAAGAUGAUGACGAUGAUGAUGAUGACGAUGAAGAUGAUGACGAUGAUGAUGAAGACGAUGAUGAUGAUGAUGAAGAUGAAGAAGAAGAAAAACCAUCUAAAAAAACUCCGCCUACAUCAGCCAAACAAGCAACACCAACUGUUGGUCAAAAUAAAAAUAAAGGCAAAACAGAAUUAACAAAACCAACUGUUAUCGAUAAUUCAUCUCAAAAAAAGACUAAACCUACAGCUCAAACAAUUUCAAAUAAAUCACCAUCAGCUGAAACUCAAAAACGUACAAUUGAUGUUGUUGAUAAAUCAGGUCCUCAAGCGAAAAAACUUAAGAAUGAAACUCCAGUUACUGGUAAAAAUGUUCCAGCAGGAAAUAAGAAUGUUUUGAAAGGAAAAGGAAAACAAGAUGAUGAUGAAGAUGAAGAUGACGACGACGAAGAUGAUGAUGAUGAACUUGAUUUCGGUGAAGAUAGUGAUGAUGAUGAUGAUGAUGAUGAUGAUGACGAUGAAGAUGAAACACCUAAAAAAUCUAUCGGAAAAUCACCUGUAACUGGAAAACAAACUAAACCUGUUGCCAAACUGUCAAUGGCUGAAGACGAUGAUGAAUCCGAUGAUGAUGACGAUGACGACGAUGAUGAUGAAGAAGAAGACCAAAAACCUACAAAAGCAGCAGCGAAACCAACACCAGCUUUGAAACAAACUAAGCCUAUUGCCAAACCAUCAAUGGCUGAAGACGAUGAUGAAUCCGAUGAUGAUGAUGAGGAUGACGAUGAUGAUGAUGAUGAAGAAGACCAAAAGCCUACAAAAACGGCAACCAAACCAACGCCAGUUUCGAAACAAACUAAACCUACUGCCAAAGCACCGACUGCUGAAGAUGAUGACGAUGACGAAGACGAUGAUGACGAUGAAGACGACGACGAUGAUGAUGAAGAAUCUACACCUGCAGCACCACUUAAAUCUGCUUUAAAAAAACCAUCAUCAACUCCAACUUCAACUCCAUCAAAACAAAAACCAUCAUCGACUCCAACUAAAUCAGAAACUAAACCAAAACAAGAAACAUUAAUAUCAAAUGCUAAUAAACCACUUAAUAAAACACAAUUAUUUAUUAAUUCAAUAAAAGAAAGUGUUAGUGUAUCUGAUAUGAAAGAACUUUAUCCAAAAGCAAAAUCAAUUAAAAUGCAAAAACGUAAAGUUGGUCCAAAUCGUAAAGUUAUUCAAUUUGCUUUUGUUUCAUUUGAUAAUGAAGCUGAUUGUACUGCAGCAUUAAAUGCUCAUACACAAAUUGGUGGUGAAAAAGUUAAUGUUUCUUAUGCAUUUGCACCAGUUGGUAAACAACAAACAAAAACAAAUGAUGAAUCAAAUAAAAAACAAGAAAAAAAUGAGAAAAAACAAGAACAAAAAUCAACAAAUGGAAAUAAUAAACAAGAAAAAAAUGAGAAAAAACAAACACCAUCAAAUGAGAAUACAAAUAAAAAAGAAAAAUCUAAAAGUGAAAAACAACUUUCAACAAAUGCAAUCUAUGUUGGUCAAUUACCAGAACAUGUUGUUGAAGAUGAUAUAAAAAAACUUUUUCCAAAAGCAACUAAAAUUGAAUUACAUUCAGCUAAAGCAAAAAAUAAAGGUGUGCGACCUGGUUUUGCAUUUAUUACAUUUUCUGAUGAUAAUUCAGCUGCUGCCGCUAUUAAACUUGGACCAACAUUAACACUUAAAAAUACACAAUUAAAAGUUGCUUAUCAAACUAAACGAGCAACACCAACAGCUACUGAAUAA